AUGGAACAGUCUAAUAAUUUAUCAAGUUGUUUGGUAGAAAAGGUUUUCUCUGCAUGUUCAUCAGAUAUAAAUAAAUAUUCUUCACUAAUAGAUUUCAAUUCUAAACAUACAUAUGUAUACGCAACCUUUCUUAUUUCUUUAUUCUUUGUCUUUUUAAGGUUUAUUUUUAUAGCUACAUUUCAAAAAUUUAACAUAAAUACACUAUUCUCAGCUAAAAAUGCAAUAAAGUGGAAAGAACAUGAAGUAAAAGUACAAGAAAUAAAGGAACAAGAAAAAGAGGAGGGGGAGGAGGAAGAGGAUAUAUAUUAUGAUGUAAGCGAAGGUGAAGAGGACAACAAAGAAGAACUAACAAAAGAAAAGGAACAAAAAUUAGAAGGAAAUAGAGAGAAUGUAAAAAUCCAAAUAGAAGAAGAAAACAGAAAAGAAGUAGAACAAGAGUUACCAGAAGAUGAAGAAGAAUUAGAAAAAUGGAAAAGUAAUGAAUGGAUUAACUUUAUGAAUGGAAUUGAAAAUGAAUGGCAGCUUUUAAAUGUGCAGAUAGAAGAUGAAAAACUUAAAUGGCUUGAAGAGAAAGACAAAGAAUUGGAACAAUGGAUGAAAAUGAUGGAAGAUAAUUGGAUGAAUGUUGAUACUUUAAAUGAUCUAUAUAAAUGUAUAUGUUUUAAACAAAAAUUAAAAGACAAAAAUGAGAUGAAAGAAUCUUUAAGAAAAGAAAUAAAAGAUACCAUUUAUGCCCAAUGGAAACACUGGUUACGUGAAAAAGAAACGUAUAUGAACUCAUUGGUAGUAAAACAAUGGAUUCAUUGGAAAAAUAGCAAAAUACUUCAGUGGUUAAUGUCUGACUGGAAACGUCAAGAAGAUGAAUAUUGGAUUAAUUGGGAAAAGACACAUUAUAUGAAGUGGAUUCAUUUUUGGAAGAAGCAAAAAUGGGAAAUAUGGAAAGAAAGAGUUACUAGGGAGAAACGAGAAUGGAGUAAUUGGGUACAAAUGAAAGAAGAUCUAAACAUAUAUAAUAAAUGGAAAAGAUGGUGUGUGUGGAUAAGAAAAAAAAGAAAUGUAGUAAAUGAAUGGAUAGAUAUACUGAUAGAUAAAUGCUUUAGUCAGAAUAACUUGGAUACAUGGCUUGAACAGAAUCAAAUUGAAUAUGAACAAAUAGAAAAAUUGGACAAGGAUAAAGUAUGUGAAGAAAGAAAUUUAGAAAAAAAAUUUAAAAAAAAGAAAAAGAUUUUAUCUUUUAUCCGACGAGAUUACCACAGGGAACGACAGCCCAUAAAUGAAGAGGAAGGAGAAGAAGAAAAACUUAAUAAUUUGGAAAACUGA